GAAUUGUAAUUUUUAAUACAGUAACAAUUAAGGAAGGAUGAGUUCCGAUUCAGAAACAGAUGUUAGUAUGGAAAACGCAACUUUAAAUGAAACUGCAAAUGCUACCAGUAGAAUUCCGUCUACCCCUGAGGGGAUGGCAGUAGCAUACAGUAGCCUUUUAAUAAUGGCUUUACUCCCGAUAUUUGUUGGCUCUUUCCGUUCCGUUAAGUUCUUGAAAGAUCGUAAGAAAAAUGGUGAGGCUGUUGAGACGAUGACGAGUCAAGAUGCUGCCAUGUUCCCAUUGUAUGCUAGUGGUGCUCUUUUUGGUAUCUACCUUGUAUUCAAGUUUUUUUCUAAAGAGUACAUCAACCUUUUAUUGACGUUUUAUUUCUUCUUUCUUGGAGUCCUCGCUAUUGCACAUAUUCUUAGCCCAGUGGUACAUAAAUUGGUACCAAAUUUCUUUCCAAAUAUGCCAUACCACAUUAUCUUUACACAAGGAGAAGGAGACCAGAGAGAAGAGGUUAUAAAUCAAGAAUUUGAUCGCAAAGACUUGUUGGCUCUGGCUAUAUCAACUGGCUUUGGUAUAUGGUAUCUUGUCAAGAAGCACUGGAUUGCCAACAACAUAUUUGGUCUUGCUUUCUCUGUGAAUGCUGUGGAAUUUCUUCAACUGAAUUCUGUUAUAACUGGCUGUAUUCUACUUGGAGGUUUGUUUUUUUAUGACAUCUUCUGGGUGUUUGGUACAGAUGUCAUGGUAACAGUUGCCAAGUCUUUUGAGGCACCAAUCAAAUUGGUUUUUCCUCAGGACCUGUUGGAGAACGGUCUAGCAGCCAACAACUUUGCCAUGCUUGGUCUUGGGGAUAUUGUCAUUCCGGGUAUAUUUAUUGCUCUACUCUUACGCUUUGAUGUCAGUAAGAAGUCGGACAGCCGUGUGUAUUUCUACAGUGGCUUUUUUGCCUAUAUAACAGGACUUCUGACAACGAUUGGUGUAAUGCAUUUCUUCAAACAUGCACAGCCGGCAUUACUGUACCUUGUACCGAUGUGUAUUGGAACACCGCUGUUUGUAGCCCUUGUCCGUGGUGAAAUCAAAGAAAUCUUCAAGUAUGAAGACAACCCAGAAGAGAACAAAACUGAAAAAGAGAAGGAGAGUAUAAAAGAAGAAAACGAAGACAAGAAAUCUAUAUAGAGAAUGUCUGAGGUUUCUUGCGUGACUUGCAUUUUACGUGAAAUCUGUGACACAUGGGGCAUCUUGUGUGAAAAAUAUUUAAACACAAGUCAUGUUGUUUUGAUGUUGUCAUGUUGUUAAACACUGACUGGUUUAUGAUAGCAGGCAUCUAGAGGUGUGAUAAGCAUUUCUUAGUUCCUGUCAGUCUAAACUUCUUUGCUAAAUGCUAUCCAUUAUGUUGCUUCUACACCUUUGAGUGGCUGUCCAUAUGUUUACAUAAUGAUAGUACACAACAGUUUAUUUUUUUUUUCCCAAACAGCAUUACAGUGGCUUUGUCACAAAUGUAUGUCACAGUUAUGUGACUUGUACUUAGUAAUGGUCAGUUGUCAUGUCUAUUAUGUAAAUUAGCCAUGCUCUGUAUUACAAAAGUGAUGUGUAAUGGUGUUUGGGAUUUAAACAUGAUUAUGCAUCACAUCGUUUGUAAACCAUCACAUUCUCAAAAGAAGAAAAAAAAUUGAUGAAGACUCCAAGCAUUUAAAUGUUUAAAUACCCAAAAUCAUGCUUACAGUCUUUCCAUAAACUCAGUGAGUAUAAUUAAUUUUGAAAAAUACCUCUCUUUUACCGUGCCUCAAUAGAAACAAAAAGUGUAACAUCCGAUUGGACAGUGGAUUUAAAUAUAUAUAGAAGUGUGACACUUUAAUGAAGGUACCAGGUGUCCAAAGUUAGAGGAAGCUGGUUUUUGGCAGAUUGGCUAAAUGAGCUCUCUCUCUAAUGUUAUUGUGCUGCGCUUGUUAAUACGUUGAUUUCAGGGACACGCUAAUACAAAAGUAUUUUUGUGUUUGAAUGUGGUAGGGUCUGCAAGUUUCUGGAAGACUCUUGCAAUUUGCUAUAGACUUGGGACGCAUGUGGUACCUUGGCUCUUCUUGAAUAUAAUAUACUACUUUUGCUUUUCAUCUGUUUUGUUUUCAUAGAAACAUUUGGUUUUUAAUGAACUUCAAACAAUGCAUAAACUGGAGUAAUAAAAAGAAAGCAAAACAACCUUUCCUAGUUCUGAAACAAAGAAGUCUUCAUCAUAAGACCACUUAAAAUUUGUAGUAAUGGCACCAGACAACAAUAUACUUUGUUAUCUUUGCCUUAUCAACUAUAUAAGUUGACGUAUUUUAUAUAUUAUAACACUAUUUUACUGUGAAUUUACUUAUUCAUUCCACUCUUUAGGGUUUUCUGUUUUAAUUGAGGAAAAAGAAUGUUUUUAGGUUGUCAGUUGCUACAAGUCAUAAGUUGAAAAUAUAAGGCACAAUGUUGGUUAAUAUUAUAUAUAAUAAUAUUGUUCUAUAUUAUAUCAAUCACACAAAAUGCUGAUAAAUCUAUCAUUUAUUUUCCCUUUAAAUUAUUAAUUUGAAUUUUUUAAAAAGAGGACAUUUGAUGCACUAACAUUUAAACUGCUUUUGAAAUAAAUCAAACCUUUAAACUGGA